AUGAAGAAGGUAGUUGAGAUUCUGCAUGGUGCAGGACAUUAUGUGACACUUCUCUCGUCAGUAAAUAACAAGGUGCAGACGGUACCGGAUGGUGUAACAUUAAAGGAAUUUGAUUAUGGUGUUAAAAGUGAAGCAUUGGAAAAUGUGUGGACUGAGGUUCGCGUGAUCGACCGCCUGCGAGCCGUAUCGAAACUUUCGCAAGAUAUGUUGCUAUUUUGUGAAAAAGUUUUCGAUCGUAUUGACGUUAUCGAUUGGAUGCGUGUGGAGAAAUUUGAAAUCGCUAUUACUAGUGGUGUGACCUGCUUUCAACCUCUACUUCGCUUGGCUGGUAUACAAAGAUCAGUUGUGGUUACAUCUGCCGAGCCAGCACCAUGGAUAACAAGAACAAUGGGGAUGCCGAGUUCCGGGAAUCCACUCAAGGAAGAAAUGUCUUAUUUCCAGCGAGCAAAGACGGUCAUAUCGGGUCACAUCGAAGAAUCGCUUCUACAAAAUAAGCUCAUUAAGCCGCUAGAUGAAAUGGGUCGAAGAAUCGUUGGAGAUCGUUACACUUCCAUGAAGCAUGCUGUUGGUCGAAGCUCUUUCAUUUUUGUAAACAGCGACGAGCUGUUAGAUUUCCCUCGCCCUCUUACUUCCCAAUGGUUCUAUAUUGGUGGAAUAGACGCAAAGAAGAGAUCAAGUCUAUGUCCACACUGGAAUACGAUACUCUCUAUGAGAUCUCGAAGUGUUCUCGUCUCGUAUGACGAUAGUUCUACUUGUGGUCAUCUCAAGGAAACUCUUCUUCGAGCGUUCUCGGAAAUCCCGGACACCACAUUCAUCUGGCACCUUCAAGAACAUUCUCCUCUGAACCAAUCGAAUGUUGUACUCGUGCCCAAACUUCCAGAGAGGGACUUGCUUGCUGAUCCUCGCGUAAUUGCCAUAAUCAACGACGCUCGAACAAAUUCGCUCCACGAUGUCGCAUUUGGAGGGAAACCAGUGGUUUGUAUUCCUUCUGAUCAAGCACAGUUACGGAACUGUCAUCAACUCAAGAAAAGAGGACUGGCUCUGGUGAGGAACUGCCGUGACAUAACACCUGAUGACGUCAAGAAAAUGAUAGAAGAGGCAGCAACUAAUGAAGUUCGCAAUUCAGCAAAGAUGUUUUCGAAAGAGGUGACAUCCAGAACAACCUCACCUGAGGAACGAUUAACUCGUGCAGUCGAGUUCGCUGCAAAAUACGGAGGAUCAGUCGAUCUUAAUUCCAAUGAUGACAGUGUUGGCGUGAUGCAAAGAUACAACCUGGACGUGUUCCUUCCGAUUGCGGUUUUACUUGCUGUCAUUGGGCUUUUGAUAGCGUGGAUUGCUCGAACUCUGUGGAUCAAAUGCAAGAAAAGUACUAUGGUGGAAAGUAAUGGAACUAGUGACAUUACUGAUUUGCCUAGAGAUGGAGCGGAGUCGAAAAAGCCCUCCACAGCAGAACUGGAAAGAGAAGAACCUGCAUCUUCCAUCGACAGUGAGGUCACCGAAUAA